AGCAUCAAGUAUUAUAUGCCAGCGAUUGUUCAGGGGGAGAGGGCUGUGCGAAAUGUUUCCAGCUUCAAAAAAUCUACCAUUGAAAGUUUAAUUCCUGGAAAGAAAUACAAAAUUCUGAAUGCCACUAGCCACCCCACAUUUGGCAUUGAGCUCAAGGCGGACUCGGUCAUAAUGGACACCUCAUUCGAACUGACCAAGGAGGAAAAACAAAUCAGAAAUUAUUUUUUUAAUCCUACAACCUACAACAUGGCUGACGCAUCGUCAUUUGCUAACAGCACACGACUGUCGCUUGGCCCGGUCCAAGUAAAAAGCAUUGGUGAGACGGGAGUGGUGUCCACCGGUUCGCAAAGAAGGGAGGUGCAGCUGUCCAUGGACGGUCGGUCUGCUCUCCUUACCCUCUGGGGUAAGGAGACAGACCUGGAAGUCGUUGCUGGGGACAUGUAUAUUGUCCGAAAUAUAGUCCCCAGUAACGACUUCAAUAAGCAGAGGUGCUACUCGUCCACCCCUCUGACAAAGUUCGAGAUAAAAUGCAUACACUGUCUCGUCACAAUUGUUUUUGCUAUCAAAAAAGUCAUUGUAAUAUCUAUACAUAGAGACAAAAGUAUUGCUUCAAAAUUAAAUGAAUUCUAUUUAGUUUAAGUAAAAUAUUGAAAUAUUGUCAACGAAUUUCUUCAUAUGAAGAUGCUAUUUUGAUGCCUCAUCAGACUCUAAUAUUGAUUGAUAUUGAUUAACAAUUGCAGCCAUAUGAAUGCACAGAACUCCAGGAAACAUUUGAGGGGGUGGUCGAGUCUGUGUCCUUUGCCAGCAAUCUCAUUGAGAUUAACGAUAUGAUGCUGACAAUAUCGAAGGACAACCUUGCUAAGAUUUUUCCAGGCAGACAAUUCAGUCCGGUAAAGGUUACCGGACUGAAAAGAAAUGGAGAAAUUUGUGAAAUAGAUGUGAAGAAGGCCAAAAUGUGAGAAACUGUGAGAGUCAUUAAAGUACCUUGAUCCAAAG